GCAAAACGGUUGAGUCGAAAGAAAAAUUUUGAGAUUAAAAAAACCAAAAAAAACUUAGAUUUUAUUUAAAACUAUCAAAUUGGCUUUAUUAACCAAUUAUUAUAUAUUUCGUUUAGUUUUAAAUUUCUAUAAAAAUUUUAGAAAAUUCAAAUUUCAUUCUCAUUCACGCUCCUCUUUUACCAUGCAAAUAAAUCGCAAUAAAUUGCUAAUCGUUUCGGGCGCAGUAUUCGUUUUUGCCAUAAUGAAUGGCUGGCUGAUAUUUCCGAAAAUCUUGAAAUUCAUUUUAAAAAAACAGGUGAAUUUGAAACCUGGCUCGGAUAUACGCGAGUUAUGGGUGGAUACACCGUUUCCUCUACAUUUCUAUUUUUAUGUUUUUAAUAUAACAAAUCCCAAUGAGUUUUUGAAUGGAGCCAAACCGAAUUUACAGGAAAUUGGGCCAUUUGUGUUUGAUGAAUGGAAAUCCAAAUAUGAUUUGGAAGAUGAUGAGGAAGAGGAUACGGUUACUUAUCAUAUGCGUAAUACAUUUAUAUUCAAUGCUAAGGCAUCGGCUCCUCUAACGGGGGAGGAGGUGAUAACCAUGAUUCAUCCUUUAAUAGCGCCCAUUGCUGUGGUGGUGUUGCGCGAAAAGGCCGCCAUGAUGGAAUUAAUUGUCAAAGCCAUUGACAUAGUAUUUCGCGACCAGAAAGGUGUCAUCACCGCCCCCUUCAUGGAUAUAUUCUUUCGUGGCCUUAAUGUGGACUGUUCAUCGGAGGAGUUUGCCUCGAAGGCUUUGUGUACGGCCUUCUAUACGGGCGAAGUGAAACAGGCUCAACAAGUGAAUGAUACACAUUUUCUGUUCUCCUUCAUGCAGGCGGCCAAUCAUUCGGAUGCUGGCAAAUUUACCGCUUGUCGGGGCGUUAAGAAUGUCCAUAAAAUGGGUAAAAUCAUUUUGUUUCAAGACGAGCCCGAACAGGAUAUUUGGCCGGGAGAUGCUUGCAAUGAAUUAAUCGGCACCGAUUCCACUGUAUUUCCUCCUUUCCUGCAUAAAGAUGAGGGCUUGUGGGCUUUUACGCCGGAUUUAUGCCGUUCAUUGGGGGCCCACUAUGUACACAAGACUACCUAUGCUGGUCUGCCAGCCAGCUUUUUCACAUUGGAGUUUGGGGAUAUUAAGAACACUCCCGAAUUACAUUGUUUCUGUGAUGAUCCCGACGAUCCGGAAACCUGUCCACCCCAGGGCACCAUGAGUUUGCAGGCCUGUACCGGAGGUCCCAUUAUAGCCUCCUUGCCACAUUUCUAUCAUGCUGAUCCGAAGUUGUUAGAGGGUGUCAAUGGUUUAAAUCCCAAUGAACAUGAUCAUGCCAUUUUUAUAGAUUUUGAAUUGAUGUCUGGUACACCCUUGAGAGCUGGCAAACGUUUGCAGUUUAGCAUGGACUUGGAGCCAGUAGAGGCCAUAGAACAGGUUAGCAAAAUACCGCGUGUGGUGUUGCCCAUGUUUUGGGUGGAAGAAGGAGCUGCUCUAAAUAAAACCUACACCAAUAUGCUGAAAUAUACUUUAUUUUUGGGUCUACGCUUUAAUGCUGGCUUACGUUGGACCUUGAUCACCUUGUCUUUGCUGGGCUUAAUGGGUGGCGGUUAUUUGUAUAUGAAAAAAACGGAUAGUUUGGAUAUAACCAUACCACCCAAGGACAAUAAGGUGUCAAAUGUUAAGCCAGUCACUGACAUAACGAAUUCAGUGGAGCAUAAGCCACCUGCCAUAGCCCAGGCCGAUUUGACAAAUCAAAAAGUUGAUAAAUUUUAAAGGCACAAAUCAUUUAAAAGCAUAACUUGUAGAGGCACCAUUUAAAUUAAGAUUUAAGAAGUAUAAAUAAAUAAAUUUGUCACAUUUUUCUUUAAAUUAGAGAUAAUAAAUGUUUGCUAAAGAAGUGAAAUGAAAGCAAUAUUGUUAGACAUCCUAUAAUUUUAACUCAACAUAAAUAAACACUACACACAACUGAUAACACAAAUCAAUUAAUAUUUUUUAUAAAUAUUUAUAACAUA